UUCUCAGUUCGUCUAGAUUAUAGAUUCGAGCCCAAUUGUCUACUUUCUCGGAGGUUUUUGCAUAGUUGCGUAAACUGUCUUGAAUGGGAUGAACGGGGUACGCGCUUGGCAAGUGGGUCCGAUGAUUGUUGUCUGAUUAUCUGGGACCCUUUUGAACACAAGCAUGUUAUUGCUAUGAAUACAGGUCACGUGGGCAACAUAUUCUCAGUGAAGUUCAUGCCUAAUCUUAAUGAAUAUAUCCUUGUGACGGGAGCUGCUGACGCCAAAAUCCGCGUACAUGACAUCAGUCGCAUGGAAACGCGUCAUGUGUUCGCUUGUCAUACCAGUCGCGUCAAGCGUUUAGCUACCACACCUUCCGAACCGUUCUUAUUUUGGUCGGCCUCCGAAGACGGUACUGUGCGUCAGUUCGAUCUACGGGAAACCAAUCAGGUAGACAUUAACAAGAUCAUCAAGUGCCUGGUGCCUCUUAAACAAUCGAAUGGGCUAAUCCAAGUGACCAUUAUCUCGGGGUCCCUAUCCAGCGAGCCUAACAGGACCUAUGUGAGCCAGUCUCCUGGUCAGGGUUUUCAUACCCUCGUGCCAGAUCUUUCGUUUGACUACUCUUCACCCUUUUCCGACCACUCUCUGCCUCGGGAAACAUUCCUCGCUGUAGCAACCUAUUUGGUGAUGUGCGCAGCACAUGCCCCGAACAUUGUAAUCAAUGGAGGCCGACUACUUGUUCCAAUAAACGACAGCGACUACCUAGAACUCUGCGCCUGA